GGCUCUUUAACAUAGUUGUUCACAAAAAACAGUACGAAAAAGAUGGCUGAUACUGACGCAUGCGCACAAAAAAAUUGUAAUGAAAAGGCCUAUUGGGUUGACUUGGCAGUUGGCAACACUGGCUAAAGGAAGAAGACAUCUGAAAAAUUGAAAAAAAGGGCAAUGAAAAUUAUGAAAUGAAGGAAUCGCAUAUUUAAAUAAUUUGUUAAAGAAUAUAUCAGUUUUCAGAUCAAUAGGAUGUUAAGUAUGGAAUCAGAAAGCAAAUGGAAUUCUGAUAAAGCAUGGACAACAGAUGAAAUUCUAGAAAAUGCUAACAAGUGGUCAUUGGCUGGCGAUGUAGCCCUUUUAAAUACAAUCAAAUCAUUUUCAAAAAACAUGCUAAGAAAAACUGAAGAAUUGAGUCAGAACAUAGAUAAAUUAUUGGUUCAUGCAGAUGAAGUCAGUUUGAAACUGGAUAUUUCUCAAAAUCAGUUCCACAGCUUGAAAAACACACAAUUUAUCGAAAAUCGAGUUUAUGAAGAUGACGAAACAUUAGAUAGUAAGGAAGAGGGGAAAGUUGUUGAAAAGCCACCCUCUGAAGAAGAUCAAGAAAAAAUGAUAUCAGAAUCAGUUAUUUUAGGUUUGGAGAUAAUGAACCAAUAUUAUGAAAUGGUAGAAGUCUCUAUUAGUGAUACUGAAGAAGAUGAAGAACCUGAAAGAAGUUUUAUUUUAAAACCAAAAGAUACCUAUGCUCACCGUCCAUUACCUCCUGUAAUUGGAACUGAUGAAUGGUAUAAGCGAUGGAAUUCAGAAGACUCUUCAAGCGACAGUGGUGAUGAUAAAAUGGCUGAUAUUUAUAGUGAAUCGGAUUCGGAAGAUAACUUGCCAAAAGAUUUGUUCAAAGGAUCCGAAACUAGCUCAGAGUUGGACUUUUCAAGUCAAACAAGUGAAAAUCGACCGGUAGCUCAUUCGACAUUUGAUGAUUCUACCAGAAGACCGGAAUUAGUGACCACAUGUGAAGAACAGGAAAAUUCAACAGUAAAUGCAUCGAUUUCAAGUAAAUUAUUUGCUGAACAGUUGGCUGCUAAACUUGACAGUGUUAUUAGUACACAAGAAAAUCUAACUGGACAAAUCAAUAAAGAACCAAUCCAACCUGUGAGAAGUAAUACAUUUUGUGGUAAUCUCUUCUCUGAUGAACCACCUCCUUUGAGUGAACCUGAGGAUAGACUUUUUCCAAAAUCAGCUAGCGCUGGUAUAUUUUCAGGAGGAGAACGUUUAUUUGAUGAUGUUGACUCCAUUCACGGCGGCAAUCAGAACAAAAUGCCAUUCAAUACAACAAGAAAUGAUGACCAUAAGAGUGAAAAUUCAGGACAGAAAAUUGACAAAAACACAAGUUUCUUGCCUAAAUCUUCAAAAGUGAGCAAAGGUCUAUUUGACAGUGAUGAUAGUAGUGAUGAUGAUAUAUUUUCAACAAGUAAAACUCCAUUUGCUAAACCGCCAUUUCUCAAACCAAGUGUUCCAUUGUUUGAUAAUGAACCACCGAAAUUAAAAGAUGAACCACCGAAAUUAAAAGAUGAGUAUAAACCAACAGAGGAAGUCAGCAAAAAGAAACCCACUGGCGGUGUGUCGAUAUUUGGCAAUUCAAAUAUUUUUGGCAACGACGAAAUAAAAAAUGUGCUCAAAAAUCAACAACAGAAUAUCACCCAUGACCUCUUCAAAGAGGAAGAGAAAAAUACAUCGGAACCAGCGUCUGUUAUACCUCAGCAAGUUCCAGAAGAUAAGAGACAAGUGAGACGAAAACAAUUCAGUCUAUUCGACGAUGAUACUGAAGAUAACUUUUCUCAAGAAUCUAAAAAAGUACCUCUCAAGAAAAAUAACCUUUUUGACGAUGAAGAUAGUGACAUGGAAAACAAAGUACUCAUUAAAAAAGAAUAUCCAGAUACAAAAUCAGUCAAGUCUGAAGAUAUAUCACAAGAUAUAAAGAGUUAUGACAAUGUUGAGACAGAAAAGAAACCACUCAAAAAUGUCAGUCUAUUCGAUGACAAAUUCAAUAGCAGUCUAGCCAACAAAAAAAUAAAUAUCAGUCUCUUCGAUGAUGAUGAUGAUGAUGAACUAUUCAAGGAUGACCUAUUCUCAGAAUUAACCUCAAAGAAGUUCAAAUCUAACUUGUUUGAUUCAAAUGAUUUAUUUAGUGAGAAGACAAGCAGUGUUGACAACACUAUAAGAAGGGAUGAUUUAAAAAACAAAAAUGAAGUCAUUACAGAUGAUACCGUUAGUGUAUUAGGUGAAGAGAAAAGAAGUCACAGUUCCUCCAUGGAUGUUGAAGAUGAUCCAAAGUUUGAGAAUAACGUUGAGGUGUCUGUCAAAGAUGACAGCCUAAAUAAUAAUGGAUUGCACGUUAAUAUUGAAGAAAAUUCUAUAAAAAGGGAAUUUAUGGUUCCUGAUGUUGAUGAAGCACAAACUAAUGAUAAACUUUCGAAACUUUUUGAAGGAGUUGGUAAAGGCCUGUUUGAUACUGAGCAGGAGCAACAGUCAUCUGGAUUGGAAGAAAACGUAGUCUCUCAUCUGUCACCGAAGGAAGAGACUACUCCAAGGUAUGAUUCUGAACAGAAAGAAGAUAAAGUUAUUGUUAGACUCUUCGAUUCAACUCCUCCACCAGAUGACGACGAUGGUGAUUGGGAUACAAAAUCAGAUAACUUUUCUGAUUCUGAUGAUUAUACCUCAUAUCGUGCUGAUGAAAAUUUGCAAAGAUCAAACUUAUUUGAUGAUGAACCACCAUCCUUGGGUCCAAACGAUUCCAGUGGGAUAGUCAGAGAUCACAGCACCAGGGUUUACACAGAUGAUUCAUCUUUUUAUCCAUAUGCCUCUUCUUCAAGAAGAUUGUCUUCUGAUAUAUUCAGUGAACAGCAGUACCAAGACAGUCUUUUUGUUACUAAAAGCGGAGCAGACUCAGCAACGGUGCCAUCAAAUCUUGAUAUUAUACAAGAAGUUUCAAAUAUAAGCACAGUUAACAUAACACCUAGCGAAAAUAUACCAGGGAUGGAAACUACAGACAACAAAAUUUUGGAUUCAGAAAACAAUUUCCUUGCUAUUGAUGAGCCAUCUAUCAAAAAUGAAUUGGAAUUUGCAAAGGAUGGAGAAAGUAAUGAAAUAUCAAGUAAUGUAAGUAGGGAUCAUGGUGUUAAGAAUAUAUUUAUCGACCAAAACAGUAACGAUCAUGAAAAUAAUGUGUUACAAAGUCCAAUGGAAAGUGAAAUCAAGGGUUCUCGACGAAAUUCUGCGAUAUCCAGUAUAAUGGACAUGCUCAAAAAUGAAGGGGAAAGUAAUAACCUCAAUAUAAAAG